AUGAAGUCUUCGUAUAGAAUACUCGUUUACUUGCUGAUAUUAUGUUUCGCGGUUUCAUAUGUUUAUGGAGCACGAAUCUUUGAAGUCUCCGACGUUGAUACUCUAAACAACUCUUAUAUUAUACAAUAUGAAUCAACGUUAACCUCAAAGAUCACGCUAGAUAGAAUCAAAAAUGCUGGAAUAAAAUACACAUUAAGACAAGAUUUAGAAAACAUCAUGAACGGUAUAUCCGUAAAGCUUGAAAAUCAUGAGGAUCUGCAUAAAUGUGCUGAAGUUUCUGGAAUCAUCAACAUUUGGCCUGUGAGAAAGAUGCAUCCAAGAUUAUUUACUGCAGAUAAUAUAACGGGCCUAGGCACAUUUCGACAAAAUAGUGGAUUCGAUGCCCCUGGAGCUACACUUGGAAUUUACAGAGUUAUCGAUUGUUCUUCAUCAACUACGGAUGACUUAAUUAUUAAAGGAUUGGAAAAAGCGACCGCUGAUGGGAUGGAUGUUAUAAAUAUGUCUCUAGGAGGAAAUUUUCAAGCUUGGGGCGACACACCACUUGGAAUCGUUCUUAACGAUCUGGCUCUUAAAGGCUUUGUCAUUGUUGUUUCCGGUUCAAAUGCUGGUGAUAAUGGAUUAUUUGCCGCAGGCAACCCUGAUUCCACACCUAACGUCAUAACCGUCGGUCACGUGGACAAUUUUCAAUUCUUUUCAUUUGUGUUGAAACCGAGUAACGAUCCAAAAAAGCUAAUUCCUUAUGCUACCACACGUAUAUCUUUGAGGUUUCCAUUUACUGGACCUCAUCCAAUCGUUAUUGCAAACACCACAGAAAACGAACCCGAAUUUGAUGGUUGCGAUCCAUACAAUAAAUCUUUAAACGGCAAGAUCGCUUUAAUACGUCGUGGAGAUUGUGAUGUUCGAUCUAAAAUCGAAAAUGCUGCAGAUGCUGGCGCUACUGCAGUGAUGUUUUAUAAUACCGAUGAUUCUUUACCGGGUACUAUACCUUCAUCAAUCCAUUUUCCAAGCUUAUCAAUCAGUAAAGUAGAUGCUGAAUAUUUGAAAAAGCAAAUUCGAAGGAAUUCCAGCUUGACAGUUUCUUUUCCGGAAAAGGUAAUUGUGAUCCCACUUGAAGAUGCCGGUAAACCUUCAAGAUCAAGUUCGUGGGGUCCAACUUUUGAUAUGGAUAUUAAACCUGAAGUAAUGGCACCUGGAGGUCGUAUAUUCAGUACAUACCCAAGAAAUUUAGGAAGUUAUGCCACCAUUUCUGGAACGUCGAUGGCGGCAGCAUAUGCAUCUGGAAGCAUAGCACUUUAUAUGCAAGCAACGGGAUUAAGGAGAGGAACGAUCGAUCCAAUAAAACUUCGAGAACUUCUUACAUAUACUGCCAAUCCAAUUUACCCCGAUUCAAAAGAUGAAAACGCAAAGAUUCCAAUUUCAGUCGAUAAACAAGGAGGAGGACUUAUUGAUAUUGUUGGAGCAAUUAAAGCAAAAGCACUCAUUAAACCAAGCAAAUUAUUACUUAACGAUUCAGCACAUUUUAAUGGAACUCAAACGAUUAGGAUAAAAAACACGGGGAAAAAGACUACACAGUUUACAUUUUCGCAUAUUCCAUCAGUUUCGGUAAGAGGAUGGUUUGAAAAUCAAUGGGUUGAUACUAGUUCAUUCGUGAUCGAAAAACGUUUUGCCGGGGUGAAAUUCUCAAAUAAUUCCGUCAUUGUGCGACCUGGGGUAACGGCCAAAGUGAAAGUUAUAUUCACCCAGCCCAAAAAUUUGCCGAAUGAUUUUGGAAUUUACUCGGGAUACGUCACAAUUAGCGAUUCGGCUCAACAUCAAACAUAUUCACUCCCAUACUUGGGACUAAAAGGUGAUUUACACUCGCUUCCCAUUUUAUCGAAUGAUUCGUAUCCAUUUAUUGAAAGAGCUGAUGACAGAGAACGUUUUGAUCGAGAGGAUCAAAUUGCCCGUUUCACAUUGUUUAAAGGAAACAAACGUGAAGACGUCCCAGUCUUUCUUUACCUCUUGAAUUUUGGUAGCAGACUGGUCAAGCUAGAAUUGUAUCAUAGAGGAGAUUUUACUCAAACAGGAUAUCUAGGACUUUUGGAAUUAGAUCCAGAUUUUAUAAAUCUUGAUACUACAGCUCCUCGAAAUGGUGGAACCGGAGAUUUUCGAGAUACAUUUAAAAUCUGGAGUUCUGGCGCGGUUUCAGACAUCAAUGGGAAUGUCAUUGUAGUACCGAAUGGACAAUAUCAAGCCUUACUUUCAGUAUUAAGACCUUUUGGAGAUCCAAAUAAACAGGAAGACAUUAUGACUUGGAGAUCUCCUAUUAUUGAAAUUGCGCGGCGAUAA